AUGUGGAAGAAGAGUGUUGCCGUUCUCAGCGCUAUUGCCAGUCUGGCAAUGGCCGCUCCUGUUCCGCAAGAUGCUACCGCCGCUCCUGCUACCACCAAGUACAUCAUCACUCUCAAACCCGGCAUUGAUCCUGAAGUUGGCAUUCAGCACAUCAACUGGGCCGGCGACCUUCAUCGUCGUGGUAUAUACCGCCGUGAGGAAAACGGCACUGUUGAGGAGGACUUGAAGGUCUUCAAGGUUGCAGACUUCAACGCCUAUGCUGGUUCGUUCGAUGAGGAGACCAUUGCUCAACUCAAGGCUAGCGAUGAGGUGGCUGUCGUUGAGGAGGAUCUUCCUAUUUACAUGACUGCCAUUACCUCACAGACUGGCAGCACAUGGGGCCUCGGUCGCAUCUCGCAGCGCAACUAUGCUGCCAACACAUACUACUACGACACCUCCGCUGGUGCUGGCACUUAUGGCUAUGUCAUUGACUCUGGCAUCAACAUCAACCACAGAGAGUUUGGUGGUCGUGCUUCUCUCGGUCAGAACUUUGUUGGUGGCUCUCACAUCGACGAUGCUGGUCACGGUACUCACGUUGCUGGCACCAUUGGCGGUUCUACCUAUGGUGUUGCCAAGAAAGCCAACCUCAUCUCCGUCAAGGUCUUUGGUGCUUCUGGAUCAAGCUCUACUUCUACAAUCAUGAAAGGCUUCGAAUGGGCUGCUAACGACAUUAUCAACAAGGGUCGCGCCGGCAAGUCUGUCAUCAACAUGUCUCUCGGUUCCGAAGACUCCGUCUCCACUGCCUUCAACUCUCUCGUCAACGCCGCUACCCAGCAGGGUGUUCUCUCUGUCGUCGCCGCUGGUAAUGGUGUAAGUGAUCCCUAUACCGGCGAAUUCGUCGAGGCUAUCGAUGCUUCUCGCACUUCUCCCGCUUCUGCCUCUUCCGCCCUCACCGUCGGCGCCAUCGGUAGCAACAACGCUCGCGCCUACUUCUCCAACUUCGGCAGCACUGUUGAUAUCUUUGCUCCUGGUCUCAACGUCCUCUCCGCUUGGAUCGGCUCCAACUCGGCCACCAACACCAUCUCUGGUACUUCCAUGGCUUGCCCACACGUUGUUGGUCUCGCUCUUUACCUCAAGGGUCUCGAGUCUGGUCUUUCUUCUCCUGCCGCUACUACUAACAGAAUUAUCGCUCUGGCUACUACUGGUCAGGGCACUGAUCUGCGUAGUGGCAGUCCUAACCGGAUCAUUUACAACAACAGCGGCCGUUAA